GGAAGAAAGGUCAAGCCAACGGGAAAAGGCUCCCAAAGUAAAACGUUAUUUGACGGGGAAUGGCUGGAAGACCGUUCUAGAAGAAGGAAUAUCAGGCGAUGCAGAUUUUCUUGCCUCUUCCAACAUUAUGGAUUACUCGUAUGUUUAUCAUUAUAUAAUCCAAACGGCUACUCACCUUCAAAUCAGACUUUUACUGGGGGGUCGUCUCUUAGGGAGCUAUACGUUCGCCAAGACAUUGGAAUACAAAGCCAAACAGAACAUCCAGAAGGAAGUUACG